ACUCUCAUAUCCAAGGUUCGGACUAAUGGCGGCCGGCAAAUCCGUACGCUGAGAGCAAAUCCAAAACAUUGCCCUGUAUUACUACAGCUGUCAAGAUAUUUCAGAGAAAGUCACCAUCAAAUUUAUAAGGGAAUACUGAACUAUUGAGGGGAGGGGGGCGAAUUCAAGCAGCAAAUUGUGCUGGGACUUUCCUCUUCUUAAAAAUGGAUGAACACCCCGGCGGAGGAGGAGUUGGAAUGGCCGCCCCAAGACAACAGCAACAACCGCAGCAGGGGAAUAACAAUGUUAAUCCCCAAAUCGGUGGUGGAGGUGGCUCAGGGAUGGGGCAGCAGCAGCAGGACGAGAUGCCGCGGCCACAGCAGUAUACCAUCCCCGGUAUUCUACAUUACAUCCAGCACGAAUGGGCCCGAUUCGAAAUGGAGAGAGCUCACUGGGAAGUGGAGAGGGCCGAACUUCAGGCUCGAAUAGCAUUCCUACAAGGUGAAAGGAAGGGUCAAGAAAACUUAAAGAAUGAUCUAGUUAGAAGAAUAAAAAUGUUAGAAUAUGCAUUAAAGCAAGAAAGAGCGAAAUACCAUAAAUUAAAAUAUGGAACAGAAUUAAAUCAAGGUGAAGUUAAGAUGCCCAGUUUUGAAUCAGAAGAUACCAAAGACACAGAGGUCCCAUCAGUCCCUCAGAACAGUCAGCUGACAUGGAAACAAGGAAGACAACUCCUCAGACAAUAUCUUCAGGAAGUAGGUUACACGGACACAAUACUAGAUGUGCGGUCUCAGAGAGUGCGCUCGUUACUGGGUCUGUCCGGCUCGGAGCAGAACGGCUCGGUAGAAACCAAGAACCUGGAACAGAUCCUCAAUGGAGGCGAGUCUCCAGCCAAACGAAAGGGACAAGAUAUGAAAAGGAAUCCAGGAGAUGUUCUGGAAACAUUCAACUUCUUAGAAAACGCAGACGACAGUGAUGAAGAUGAUGACGAGGAGGGAGACCUUAUGGAGGAUAUAGACCGAGGCAAACGCACAAUAAAAAAACAUAAGAUUAAGGUUGGAAACGAGGGCCUGGCCUCUGACCUUCCAGACGACCCUGACACAGAGGAGGCUCUCAAGGAGUUUGACUUCCUGGUGAACGCCGAAGAUGGCGAAGGCGCCGGGGAGGCCCGGAGUUCAGGGGACGGGACCGAGUGGGCCGAGCCCUUACCCUUCCCGUCGGGCGGCGGUAAGUCCUUCAUCAUGGGCUCCGACGACGUCCUGGAGAGUGUCCUGGGCCUGGGAGACCUGGCUGACCUCACGGUCUCCAAUGAUGAAGCCGACUACAGCUAUGAUAUGCCAGCCAAUAAGGACACGUUCAGGAAGACGUGGAAUCCCAAGUACACUCUGCGGAGCCACUUUGACGGGGUCCGGGCGCUGGCCUUCCAUCCCGUCGAGCCUGUCCUGGUCACUGUGUCGGAGGACCACACCCUCAAACUGUGGAACCUGCAGAAGACCGUACCUGCCAAGAAAAGUGCCUCUUUCGACGUGGAGCCCAUUUAUACGUUCCGAGCUCACGUGGGGCCUGUGCUGUCCCUGGCUGUGAGUUCCAGUGGGGAGCAGUGCUACAGUGGAGGGAUCGACAGCACCAUCCAGUGGUGGAACAUCCCCAGUUCCAACGUAGACCCUUACGACACCUAUGAUCCCAGUGUUCUAGCCGGAACAUGGCUGGGCCACACGGAUGCUGUGUGGGGGCUAGCCUACAGCGGGAUCAAGAACCGCCUGCUGUCCUGCUCAGCCGAUGGAACUGUCAAGCUGUGGAACCCCCAAGAGAAGAACCCAUGCAUAAGCACUUACAAUGCAGAGAAAGAUCACGGCAUCCCCACUGCGGUGGACUUCAACGGCUGUGAUCCGGCACACAUGGUGGCUUCCUUCAACACGGGCACAGCUGUGAUCUAUGACCUGGAGACAUCACAGCCUGCCGUGGUGUUUGCCACUCAGGGGGAGAGCACUCUCCCUGCGGCCAACCACAUCAACAAGGUGGUGAGUCACCCCACCCUUCCUGUCACUAUCACUGCCCACGAGGACAGGAACAUCAAGUUCUUCGACAAUAAAUCAGGUAAAGUGAUCCAUGCCAUGGUGGCCCACCUGGAUGCCGUCACCAGCCUGGCUGUGGACCCCAACGGUAUCUACCUGAUGUCAGGCAGCCAUGACUGCUCCAUCCGCCUGUGGAACCUGGACAGUAAGACCUGCGUUCAGGAGAUCACAGCCCACCGCAAGAAGUCGGACGAGUCCAUCUACGACGUUGCCUUCCACCCGUCCAAGGCGUACAUAGCGAGCGCUGGGGCCGACGCCCUAGCCAAAGUGUUCGUGUAGCGCGCCGGCGCUGCUCCGCUGCGACGAGACAACGGCCGAGAAAACUAAGGAUUGCUUCACUGCCUUUUGUGACAAGCAUUUUACGACACUACAUUGAAGCCGCCUCCUUUCAACCCCAUCCCUUUUGAACUCAACACUUGAAACCAGGUGCCAAUGGGACUGAUGCCAGGUGUGUGUGUGUGUGUGGGGGGGGUGGAGGAGCGCCCAGUCGCUUUUCUCUAUUUUCAAAGUUAAAAAAAUUAAAAUAACCCCAAGAACGUUAAACUGUAUUUUACUGUAGGUUAAAAGAAAAAAAGCUGGAGUAAAACAAGUCUGUGUAUGUAGCCUUUUGACUGGGUUUGAGCCAAGCUAAUGUCUGCCCUGUAGGUGUAGUUCAGUGACAGGCUAACGGGUUGGCUGUUGAACGCGUCAGUCAGACAGCGGGCCGUCGCAGAGAGAUGUCAGGAACGGGUCGUGUGUUUAACUCGAUUCACGCCGCGGGGCUGACCCCUAACCCUGCUGUGCUGAUUCCGAUCAUCCCCCACCCCCACCACAGUGUACUGUUCACCACAGGCCCAGGAGCUACGGGGGAUUUGGAACCAGGCUGGUCCAGUACAGCACAACAUGUCUCGGCUCGGUUUGGUUUGGCUCACUAGUGUCAUAGGGUUUUUCAACCAGGAGACCCUGCAGCGUCAGUUCAGUUCACCCUUCACUCAGUCAGGCGUCCACUGAGAAACAUCCAUGUAGCGAGGAAGAUGAUACAAAUGAAAUAUACAUUUCAGCUUCAUACUUUAGCAUUAUUAACAUUACAUUUUUGUGUAAAGAAAUAUAGUUUUUAUAAUCCUUUUUAUAUAAAUGUCUGUCAUAACAGCACUGAAAUUGAAGUAGAAAAAAAAAAAAAA